AUGGGGACCGGCUGUGUGAGCGCGGUCCUGCGGAGGAUGAAGAGCAGGAUGCGGCUGGAGCUGCUGCGGGAGCUGGGGCGACAGUACCCGCUCUUCUGCUUCCUCCUGCUGCUGCUUCUCUGUUCCACGGUGCUUUUGAACAGAUACAUCCACAUCAUCAUGAUGGUCUGGUCAUUCCUGGCUGGAGUUGUCACUUUUUACUGCUCUGUGGGACCAGAGUCUCUGCUUCCUAACGUGCUAAUAUCCAUUAAAUCAAAGACAAAGACUUAUCAGCCGGAGCUAUUCCCUCUUGGCCACAGCUGCGCCGUGUGUGGAAACAUAAAGUGCAAGAGGCACAGGCCGACCUUACUAAUGGAAAAUUAUCAACCCUGGCUUGAUCUUAAGAUACCAUCUAAAGUGGAUGCUUCCCUUUCACAGAUUCUGGAGUUAGUCUUGGAAAACUUUGUGUAUCCAUGGUACAGGGAUAUCACAGACGAUGAGGCAUUUGUGGACGAGCUCAGGAUGACUUUACGUUUCUUUGCUGCAGUUUUAAUCCGUAGAAUUCAAAAGGUGGACGUUGCGUCACUCAUCCUAAAGAAGCUUCUCAAAGUUUCCAUGAAGCACAUAGAAAUCAUAUGCAAAGCUCGACAGAAAGUUAAAACCACUGAACAACUUCAGCAAGCGGCUUUGGAGGAGUACGGCCCGGAUCUUCACGUGGCGCUGCGCAGUCGCAGAGAUGAACUCCUCUAUCUGCGCAGACUGACAGAGAUGCUGUUUCCUUAUAUCCUCCCUCCUAAAGCCACAGACUGCAGAUCUCUCACUCUCCUCAUCAGGGAGAUUUUGGCUGGAUCUGUCUUUCUUCCUUCUCUGGAUUACUUGGCUGAUCCUGACACAGUCAAUCAUUUGAUUCUGCUUUUCAUCGACAACUCUCCGCCUGAACAAGCGACAGAGCCCUCGUCCCACCUGGUCCCGUUCCUGCAGAAAUACGCCGACCCUCUGUCUAAAAAGCCCUCAGUGCUGAAGCUGGAGCUCAGAGAGAUCCGCCGUCAGCAGGACUUACUCUUUCGCUUCAUGAACUUUCUGAAGCACGAAGGCGCCGUUCACGUGCUCCAGUUCUGCCUCGCUGUCGAGGAAUUCAACAAUAGCAUUUUGGAUCCAGAUCUGAGCGACGGCAAGAAGAUGACGCUCCAUAAAGAAGUGAAGAAAAUCUACGAGACCUACAUUUUGGACGAGAGCAUUGAUAAAAUCCGCUUCGAUCCUUUCAUUGUGGAAGAAAUACGCCGCAUUGCGGAGGGCCCAUAUCCCGGCGUGGUUAAACUCCAAACCAUGAGGUGUCUGUUCGAGGCGUACGAGCAUGUGCUGUCUCUGCUGGAGAACGUCUUCACGCCCAUGUUUUGUCACAGCGACGAGUACUUUCGACAUCUUCUAAAAGGGGCGGAGUCUCCUUCGAGGACGUCCAGGAUGAGCAGGAGCACGUCCAGACGAGGAGAGGCCUUUGGAAUCAGUCGCAUCGGCAGCAAAAUCAAGGGAGUGUUCAAGAGCACCACCAUGGAGGGCGCCAUGCUGCCGUCCUACGCCAUGGUGGAGGGAGAGGACGAUCUGGUGGAAGAGGCCUUGAUGGUUCAGGAGGACGACUCUCCGCUGGAGGCUGCCUCGACCCCCAGUACCCCCCGGAACCUGUCGGCCUGGACCAUCACCAUUCCCUACAUCGACUUCUAUGACGAUGACACUAAACGGGAGCGGGUCCCCGUCUUCUGCAUCGACGUGGAGAGAAACGACCGCAAAGCAGUGGGUCAGGAGAUGGAGAGCUGGUCUGUCUACAGAAGAUACCUGGAGUUCUACGUUCUUGAAUCCAAACUGACAGAGUUUCAUGGGUCAUUUCCAGAUGCACAGUUGCCAUCGAAGAGAAUCAUCGGCCCCAAAAAUUACGAGUUUCUGACGUCGAAGCGCGUGGAGUUUGAGGAGUAUCUUCAGAAUCUACUGCAGCAUCCGGAGCUCAGCAACAGUCAGCUUUUAGCAGAUUUCCUUUCUCCUCACGGCAUAGAGUCGCAAUUCCUCGACAAGAUGCUGCCUGAUGUCAACCUGGGGAAAAUCAUUAAGGCUGUUCCCAGUAAACUGAUCAAAGAGAAAGGACAGCAUCUGGAGCCUUUCAUCCAGUCCUUCUUCAACUCGUGCGAAUCGGCCAAACCCAAACCCAGUCAUCCGGAACUCACCAUCCUGAGCCCCACCUCCGAGAACGACAAGAAGCUUUUCAACGACCUCUACAAGAACAACGCCAACCGCUCAGAGACGUCAGAGAAGAGACACAACCAGAAUUACUUCAUGCAGAUGAUCAACGUGGAAGGACUCUACGACUAUUUGAUGUACAUAGCUCGAGUGGUCUUCCGCAUCCCUGAUUGGCUGCACCACUUGCUGAUGGGCGUUCGGAUCCUGGUGAAGAACACUCUGGAGGCGUAUUCCCAUCACUAUCUGCAGAGCAAGCUGAGCCAGGUCCUGGAAGAACACCGCGUCGUGUCCCUCAUCACGCUGCUCCGAGAUGCUGUGUUCUGUGAGAGCAGCCAGUCUCGUUCAGCUCAGGAGAAACACAAAAGAGCCAAAAAGGCCUUUGAGGAAAUGCUACGUUAUAUCCCAGAUAUAAUUGGGAAAUGCAUCGGAGAGGAGCAAAGGUAUGAAGGGGUGUGUCUUCUUUUUGAUGGUCUGCAGCAGCCGGUCCUCAAUAAACAGCUUACAUAUGUGCUCUUGGAUCUCACGCUACAAGAGCUGUUUCCAGAGCUGUGCAAGACACAAAAAGAGAGCUCCAAUGUAGCUCCCUGGAUGUAA